UAAACCGCACAGCAUUGUGGAACUUGGAGUACUUUUUUUGGACGUUGCCAAGGAGAUGUGGUAUCAACAGACUGCACAGUGUUUUUCAGAGCUGUGUCAUUUAUAAAAUAGUUUGUCAGACAUGAGUCAGUUGCUGGGUAGUCAGGACUGUAUUGAAAGCCUCCGAAAAGACCUGGUUGACCUUCAGGGAGCGAUUCUGGACGUGUUUUCUCGAACCGGACCGCUUCGCUUUUCUUCCUGGAAGUUCCCGGACAAGCACUCCUGUAAUCUAGACAUGGUAGCUCUGCUAGAGCAGUAUGACUUUGUGGAUGGGGAAGAUGCGUUCAAUCAGCACUCCCACAUUGUUUUACUGGAGUUGGUGGUUGACAGACUGCUGCUUCUUGUACAAAGCUCCAGUGCUUACAUUGACCGACUGAGGGGCAGCCACAGGAGAGAACAAACGCCACAGAAGGGAUGCCUGUCAGUUGGUCUCAUAGUCACAAACUACUGGAGUAAUUUAGUUCAAUUUGCCAACAUAAAGGAGACUGAACUCAGUAAAAGGCAGAUGGAAAGAAACGGUGAUGACACAAACACUGCAUCACCUGUCUCACCUCAAAUGAGCUCAAGAACCGACUUUUGCAGGCUUUGCUUGUCUGCUUGGUCUUCAACGAGCACAUUUGAAAUUUCCCCACAGAAUCUCACAUCCUCCAGUCCCACCCACAGCAGUCCAUGCUCUCCUGUGGUUAGCAGUCAAAACAAAACCUGCCAGACUGUCGAAUCAUCACUCAUUCCAUGCGAUGCGUGUCAUCAAGUGCAAACUCUUUUGAGAAAGACAGGAGACGCUCUGGUAGACCUGCUUCAGAGCGAGGGCCUGCCCUCAUCUCUGCAGCCUCUCUUAGCAGCUGUGGACGACUCUCUGGAGCUGGGACGCUUGACAGCAGGCGAUGUUUCCCAGUGGGCCAAUGAACAGCGCAGGGACACGCGCAGGCUGGAAAAACACCUUCAAGAUGUGCGCUGUACGGUGCAGCCUCUUAAAGACAGACUAGCAGCGGCAGAAGAGGAACAGAAAAGAUUCAGGUCCCAGCUGGAAAGAGCACAAAAAGAGUUCAACCAAGAGAAGGAAAAGCUUCAAAUAAAUUCCGUCCAGCUUGAAUUUUCGCUGCAGAAAGCACAGAGAGUCAUUAAAGAAACAGAGAAAAGGCUACACGAGGACCAACAGCAACAUAAGAGGGACACUAUGUCCUUGGAAGAGAUGAAUUUCAAACUGAAGGAGGAAAUAGCAUUGCAGCAAAAUACCUUAAAAGCACUGGAACAUGAAAAGAAAGGACUGCAGGAGAGUCUGAAUACCUUACAAAUAGAGGAAGAGGCCUGUUCUAAACUGCAGCACAGGAUCCAGCAGUUAGAGAGUCAGAUCGCCGACAUUCAGCUCCUGCUUGAUAAGGAGAAAGCCAAGUACCAGAGUGCCUGCCGUCAGCAAGAGUCAAUGCAGGCAAAGCAGAAGUCUUUGUUAGAGAGAGUCGACGCUCUCGACGAAGAGUGUGAAGAGCUGCAGAAGCAGCUGGGGGAGAGAGAGGAGAGGCAGAUCGGCCUACAGAGUCGGCUGCAGCAGAUGUCAGAGGAGAAGGAAGAACUGCGGGUUCAGCUCACUCAACAGCAGGACCUGUGUUCGAAGCUCCAAAAUGAGAAACAGACCCUACAAACACACACAGAUGAGCUAAACAACUGCGUGGAUGAGUUGAAGGAAUAUGUGCAAGCUUUGAGAGAGAGGGAGAGGCUGUUGGUGGCUUUCCCAGAGCUCAGCCCACUGGCUCAACCACAGAGUACAGGAAAUGUGCUUCUGGAUAUGCAGCAGCAACUGCAAGCAAAUAGCAUUCGUAUAAAGGUUUUGGAGCAGGAAAAUUCCACCCUUCUUAGAAGUCUGGAGAAACUGGGAGAAAGAGCACAACAUAAUGUAAGCAGGGAAGCCUCCACUCAGCAGACACCGACUGCUUCACUGCCCAGCACACCAACAGAAAAACGUCCAGCGCAGAGCAGUGAUGCAGCAAGGCUGGGGUACGUUAAUAGAGGAAAGGAAGCAGGAGGAGGAGAGAGUGGUGUGGAGUCAGAGGAUCGUGUGUCCACCUCCCCCUCGUCCAUACAAAUCCACCUUCAAACACUCCACCUCGACACAGCGUGCACUGCUCCUAAAAGACCCGCAAAAGUACACAGCCCUUCUCAACUUUCUCACUCCCGGGCCUGGAAUCAGAGGAAAAAAUGAAACAGUGGAGGUGUGAGCAGAAGCUGCUUUUGCAAGCAAUAUACUUCGUUAAAAAUUACUGGCAAAAACUACAAGUGGCUAAUUUUCUUUCUACGUAAAUGCUGUUUUUUUGAGUUUGUGUGAUUACAUAUUGUCAUUAUGUACAGUUAUGGCAGUUAAUAUUACAGUUAAGCUGGAUUGCUCCAUAAUAAACACAUUAUUAAUAAAGACUGUUUUUCACCGCUGUUAAAAUAGGGCAGUUAUGGCCCCUGCAUAUUAGGUUUCAUAAAAUAUGAUAUGCUUUCUCAAACAAGCCUGGAUGUAUCUGAAUGGACAGCCUUCCCUCCGGAUUGAUCACAUGGUUCUAAGUAAAUAGGUAAAGUACCUUGAACGUCACAGAGACAGAUGUCAGUGUCAUUGUUUGUGUGCUUGCUGACAAGGAUGUGGGAGUUUCCAGGGAAACUCAAGUGCUUGCUGGUUUCACUGAAUCCCUUCUGACCUUCAGGUCAGUCCCUGGAGUGUAAGCUUUCAGUAAAAUUGAAUUGAAUAAACAAUCGUGUUAGUAUAAACACUGGCCUUUUACCAGUUUUACCUGAAUGGACACAUGACCUGUCAUUUCAGUCACUUCACAGACAGCAUGUGACCUGAAGGUUAAUCCCUAAUUGGCUUAACUAUAGCUGUGUAAUCAAGUAUAUAAUUUAAGGUAAUUUUAAGCUCUUUCAACCAGUGCCAUAGAUGUCACUGAAAGUUAUCUUUAAAGCUAUGCUUGACUAAAGAUUUCUUUCUUAUGAAGAAAGAUAUUUUGUCAUUCUAAUGAGCAGUUUACUAUGAAUAAAUAUAAACUAUUGUUUAUUUAGCUAGUAUAUACAUAUGUAAAAAACAACAACUUAAAUGUGCCUCUAUGAUCUAAUGGAAAAUUUGUGCUUCACCUCAUUUAACCUCAGUGUACUGUUGGUGUGUA